GGCAGCCUGUCUCCUCUUUCGUCAUUUGAGCCGAAGGCUACACAGUCAUCAAUAAAUCCAAGCAGGCAGACACAGUAUACAAGACUAGAUCAAGUUAUAGCAGUGCUUUCUUGCGAUCUCUACCCUCGGGGGCAUCUGGAGUAUUCACAGCAUAUGGCGCCGCAAUGUCUAAAACAUGCAUUUCACAAGAUGCAUCCAGGAGCGGCGAGGACUCGACUCGGACAACGCCAUACUCCAGCAUACUAUUAGACCUACCAGCCGAGAUCCGGUAUCAAAUAUUCUACUUCCUCCUGGUCUACCACGGCCCCAUUGCCGUUUUCGGAUCGCGACGCAUAAGGACUCGCGUCGACGCGGCGAUUCUCUCCACGAAUAAGCAACUCCAUCACGAAGCUAGCGCAGUGCUCUACGGGCAGAACAGCUUUAACCUCGAUACCUCAGAGACAUCUGAUGAGGGCGCGCCGGCUGCCUUCCUACACUCUAUUGGCACACGCAACGCAGGACUGAUCCGGCACAUCUGCAUCACAUUUCCCCAUCACUACGCCCGGGAUCCGGACACUGCGCGAUGGCACGCCCUUCGAGACUGCGAUGUGCUCACGCUGGACGUCGUGCGGGAGGUCUGUACGGGGCUGCGCACGCUCGCGAGUGCUCGGCAAACCGCAAACGUCGCGGAGUGGGAAGUAGGGCUUCAGCAUAUACCUUGGGAGGACGCAGACGAGAUACUGGGGAAGAUCGAUCGCCACUUCAGGACGGUUCCGGAUCUUGAGGAAGUCGUCGUGUGGAUGACCGCAAGGCCUCCCUCGACGCGGAUCAGACCGCUUUUCGAGGGCCGAAGCUGGACUUUAAAGCUUGACUGGUCCUUCGAGACGGAACAAACUUGGGAGCAUGGGUACAUUUCCGAUCCUGACGCGGACUAUUCCACGGCCCGCAGCGUCUCACCCGUGGACCCAGACCCUGAGGACUAUCUCGAGGAUCAAACCCUGGACUGGUUUGAUUAG